AUGGAUCCCUACAGCCGGCGCUCCACCUGGAAUAUCGUGCGCUCGGCACGCGAGGGCCGCGUGGUGGUGCUGACAACGCACUUCAUGGACGAGGCGGAGAUCUUGGGUGAUCGUGUGGCGAUCAUGGCCGAGGGCCAGCUGAUGGUUUGCGGCUCCACCUUGUUUCUGAAGGCGCGCUUCGGGGCCGGCUAUCGCCUGACCUGCGCAAGACAGGAUGUGGCAUCACAUCCGAGUGAGGGUGAUCCGAUCGAAGAUGUCGUGAAGCGCCACAUCCCUGAAGCUCGAAAGAUCACCGACAUCGGUGCCGAGCUCUCCAUGCAGCUUCCCUCGUCAAGUACCGGCUGCUUCCCGCCUCUCCUCAGUGAGCUCGACUCGCGUGGCAAGGAGAUCGGCAUGGCCCACUAUGGCCUCUCGAUGGUGAAGCUCGAGGAGGUGUUCCUGAAGGUGGCCUCGGGAGAGAUCGACAGCCUGGAAGAGGGCGCGCUGCCAUGGCAACAAACUGGAGGUCUCCAGGGUUGGGCCGCCCAGAGGGCCACGGCGAGGCCGCGGCUGGCGCUGCGCCACUUGGGGGCGCUCUUCAUGAAGCGCGCGCGGUAUGGCCGGCGGGAUGUGAAGGCCCUGGCCUGCACAGUUCUGAUGCCGGUGGCCUUGCUAGCUUUUGGCCUUGGCAUCCUGAACAUGCUGGGCGACCCCCAAGCGCCGAACCUGAAGCUCGGGGUCAAAAGUCAGUUUGGUGCAGGCGCGCCCGUGCCCUUCAAUUCUAGCCGCGGCGACGAGGCCCCGCUGCUGGCCGAAAGCCUGCGGCAGGCUGCCGCCGUCCCUGCCCCGCAGCAACUCGUGGAAGGCACUGCAGACGGCGUGAUCUUUGGCCGUAACUACUCCGACGGUCGGCCCGUCUACGAGUGGUGCGAGAUGGAGGAGUCCUUCUUGUCCAAGUGCUGGAAGGAGAACAACUUGUGUCAUGGCCUCCGCCCUUUCCUCGAACUUGCCAGCAAAGUCGAGAUGGACAUCACCUGUGCUUCAGACAGUGCCGGCUGCAAGGCGGCCAUCGCCACGGCAUGCCAGGACGGCGCGGCACAGUGCACCAGUACUUGCCUCUCGAAGGCCGACGUGUCCCCAGGAAUCUGCCGGUCGCAGUGCCGACAGAUCUGCCUGCUGGCGCCGAACUUCACCCAGGCGUGCGACCUGCUGCAGCCCCCGAUCGCCCCGACCAUCGCCUCCGUUUGCCCUGUUGAGUGUGCUUCUUCCGCCGACCCAUCCACCUGCCGGCCCGGGACCGUCUGCGAGGCCCCGGAUCCUGCACCGGCCGCCGACCCUUCGGCACUGCUUGAGAUGUCGACGCUCAUCUUCGGAGAAGGACAGCAGAUCUCGCGCAGACAAAACGUCCGAUAUGGCGCCUUCAUGACAAGCUACAACAGCUCCACCGGCAGCUGCGCUGAAGGGAGAGGGGUCAUUUUGGACCGCGUAAGGGAGUCAUUUUGGAACGCGUAA